GCCGGGGCUCGGCUCUGCCUGGCGGGCAGGGACCGCGCCUCGGGGCGGCGUGAGGCAGCGAGGGCAGCGGGCAGCACCGAGACCCCCGCCAUCUUCCCCAACCGCCCCGCUGCCGCCAUGGCCAGCGUCUCCUACCACAUCUCCAGCCUGCUGGAGAAGAUGACCUCCACCGACAAGGACUUCAGGUUUAUGGCCACCAACGACCUGAUGGUGGAGCUGCAGAAAGAUUCGAUAAAACUGGAUGAAGACAGCGAGAAAAAAGUUGUGAAGAUGCUUUUGAAACUGCUGGAAGACAAAAAUGGGGAAGUACAGAACCUUGCUGUGAAGUGCCUGGGCCCACUGGUUGGCAAAGUGAAGGAGUACCAGGUGGAAACCAUUGUGGACACACUGUGCAAAAACAUGUUAUCUGACAAGGAACAGCUGAGGGAUAUCUCCAGCAUUGGACUGAAAACAGUCAUCUCCCAGCUGCCACCAGCUGCUGCAGGCUCCACCGUAACAGCAAAUGUGUGCAAAAAGAUCACAGCCCAGCUGACAGGAGCCAUUGGCAAGCAGGAGGAUGUGUCUGUGCAACUGGAGGCUCUUGACAUCCUGUCAGAUAUGCUGAGCAGACUGGGGGCAACACUUCACUCUUUCCAUCCCUCCAUCCUGAACUGCCUCCUUCCUCAGCUGACAAGCCCCAGGCUGGCAGUUCGUAAAAGGGCUAUCAUUGCCUUGGGCCAUCUUGUCUUGACCUGCAGUGGAAACAUCUUCUCAGAGCUCACAGAGCAUCUCCUUGCCGAGCUGAAGAAGAAUGAGUCUACUUCUACAACCAGGACAUACAUUCAGUGUGUGGCUGGCAUCAGCAGGCAGGCUGGACACCGCAUAGGAGAACAUCUGGAGAAGAUAAUUCCUCUGAUUGUUCAGUACUGUACCGUGGAAGAUGAUGAGCUAAGAGAGUACUGCUUUCAGGCCUUUGAGUCUUUUGUGAGAAGGUGCCCAAAGGAAAUGGACCCUCACAUCCCUAAUGUGAUGGGAUUAUGUUUGAAGUACAUCACCUUUGACCCAAACUACAACUAUGAUAAUGAGGAGGAAGAAGAGAUGAUGGAAACGGAAAGUGGAGAGGAUGAAGAGCAAGAAAGUGAUGAUGAGUACAGUGAUGAUGAUGACAUCAGCUGGAAGGUCCGCAGGUCUGCGGCCAAGUGCCUGGAGGCCAUUGUCAGCAGCAGGCACGACCUCCUUCAGGACUUCUACAAAACUCUUUCCCCAGUCUUGAUAAGCAGAUUCAAGGAGAGGGAGGAGAAUGUCAAAGCUGACAUCUUCAGUGCUUACAUCUCCUUGCUGAAGCAGACGCUGCCCAUCCAGGGCUUGCUGCAGGCUUCAGAGGCUGCUGGCAAAGACAACGUUCCCCUGGUGAUGCUGCAGAACCAGGUCCCAAACAUCGUCAAGGCCUUGCACAAGCAGCUGAAAGAAAAGAGCAUCAAAUCACGACAGGGUUGUUUCAGCCUCCUGACGGAACUGGCCAACGUCCUUCCCGGUUGCCUGGCAGAUCACAUCCCUGCUCUAGUCCCUGGUGUCGUUUUCUCCCUGGCUGAUAAAUCCAGCUCCUCCAACAUGAGGAUUGAUACGCUGUCUUUCCUUCACGUUCUUCUUUGCAAUCACCAGCCCGAGGUGUUUCACCCUCAUAUCAAAAGCCUGCUGCCUGCUGUUGUGACCUGCAUUGGAGACCCCUUUUAUAAGAUCACUUCAGAAGCUCUGCUGGUUACUCAGCAACUUGUGAAAGUUAUCAGGCCUUUGGACAAAUCUUGCACUUUUGAUGCCAAGCCCUAUGUGAAGGACCUUUUCCCGGGUACCCUGAAGAGACUGAAGGCAGCUGACAUCGACCAGGAGGUGAAGGAGCGUGCUAUCUCCUGCAUGGCACAGAUCAUUCACAAUCUGGGAGACCAUUUGAGCACUGAUCUCCAGCCAACCUUGACGAUAUUUCUAGAGAGGCUCAAAAAUGAAAUCACCAGAUUGACAACUGUCAAAGCAUUAACCUUAAUUGCUGGUUCUCCACUUAAAAUAGAUUUGAGACCCAUUCUGGGGGAAGGUUUCCCCACUCUCGCUUCCUUCUUGAGAAAGAAUCAACGUGCCUUGAAACUGAGCACUCUGACUGCUCUGGACAUCCUGGUGAAGAACUACAGUGACAGCCUGAAGCCUGCCAUGAUAGAGUCUGUCCUAGCAGAGCUUCCUGCUUUAAUUACUGAGAAUGACAUGCAUGUGUCCCAGGUGGCUGUUGUGUUCCUCACUACUUUGGCCAAGGUUUAUCCCUCCUGCCUCUCUAAGAGCAGCGGUUCUGUUCUUGCUGAAAUCUUUCAGCUUAUCCACUCGCCCUUGCUCCAAGGAGGAGCACUGAACGCCAUCAUAGACUUCUUCCAGGCUCUGGUCCUGACCAAAACAGCCACCAUGGGAUACUCGGAGCUGAUGAAGCAGCUGACAGGGCCUGUGUACUCCUCAGGCUCAGCUGGGGCAUCGGGCACCUGGCACAAGCAGGCCUCUCACUCUGUGGCCAAGUGUGUGGCAGCCCUGUCCUCAGCCUGCCCGAAGGAAGCCCCCGCCACGGUGACCCAACUGAUCCAGGAUGUGCAGAGCCCCAAGUCCAGCUCUGCUGUUAAGGUGCUGGCAUUCCUCUCGCUGGCAGAGAUGGGCCGCACCACCAACCUCAGUGCUCAGAGGGAGCUCAAGACCGUGCUCCUGGAAGCCUUCACUUCCCCCAACGAAGAGGUGAAAUCCGCUGCUUCCUAUGCCCUGGGGAACAUCAGUGUUGGAAACCUUAAGGAAUAUCUUCCCUUCAUGCUGAAAGAGAUCGGGAGCCAGCCCAAGAGACAGUACCUCCUGCUGCACUCACUAAAAGAGGUGAUCAGCUCCUCCCCGGCCGAUGGCCUCAAGCCUUACGUGGAGGAUAUCUGGGCUCUGCUUUUCAAGCACUGUGAGUGCCCGGAGGAGGGGACACGCAAUGUGGUGGCUGAGUGCCUGGGGAAGCUGACACUGGUCAACCCCUCGGAGCUGCUGCCCCGGCUGAAGAAGCAGCUGCCAUCAGGCUCUCCACAGGCCCGCAGCACGGUUGUCACUGCCAUCAAGUUCACCAUUGCAGACCAGCCUCAGCCCAUUGAUGCUCUCCUGAAAGGCUGCAUAGGUGACUUCUUAAAAACUCUUCAGGAUCCAGACCUGAAUGUUCGACGCGUGGCUUUAGCCCUGUUUAAUUCUGCUGCUCACAACAAGCCUUCUUUAAUCCGAGAUUUACUAAACACAGUUCUCCCCAGCCUGUACAAUGAAACGAAGGUCAGGAGGGAGCUCAUCCGGGAGGUAGAAAUGGGGCCAUUCAAGCACACCGUGGACGAUGGCCUUGAUGUGAGGAAAGCUGCUUUUGAAUGCAUGUACACACUGCUGGAAAGCUGCCUUGGCCGCCUGGAUAUCUAUGAGUACCUGAACCACCUGGAGGAGGGGCUGAAGGAUCACUAUGACAUUCGGAUGCUGACAUUCAUCAUGCUGGCUCGGCUCUGCAGCCUCUGUCCCAACGCGGUGCUGCAGCGGCUGGAGCGGCUGAUUGAGCCCCUCCGGGCAACCUGCUGCACCAAGGUGAAAGCUGGUUCUGUGAAGCAGGAGUUUGAGAAGCAGGAUGAACUGAAGCGCUCCGCCAUGAGAGCGGUCGCUGCGCUCCUGACCAUCCCCGAGGUGGAGAAAAGCCCAGCGAUGGCUGAGUUUUCAUCUCAGAUCAGAUCCAGCCCUGAAAUGGCAUCGCUUUUUGAGAGCAUUCAAAAAGAUUCUGCUUCCCUGCCCACCUCGGAGUCAAUGGACAUGAGCUAAGAUUGGUUCCUUUGUGCCGCUGCCUUCCUGCCCCUCAUGGGAGAUGCCCCCGAGGGGCCAGGGGAGGGUGGCAGGGAGCUGGACUCCACUGCCGGGGCCCCCCGAGUCCCCAGGAGGUGGGGUGAGAUCAGGGAAACCCAUCUUAACCCUGGGGAGGGGCUGGAAGACAAGCACUUUUUAAUGCAAGCUGUUACAGAGCAUAUAAGGAAUCGAAACCAAGUGGUUCCAUGAAAAAUUGAAACUACUGCCCAAAUGUUUCCUUACUGCAGUACUAAGAAAAACAGUUUAAAGUUUUUUUUAACCACUGCACAUGCACUUUCUACCCCAUUGCCUGAAGAAUGUGUUUCUAUUGUUUCACUCAGUAACAUGGCUGGCAGUCAGGUCUGUAGUGAGGAGCAUGGCAACCACAGCCUGCUUGAGGAGGACACUCGGGUGAGCCCAGCCCCAGGAGCUGCACGGGAACACUCCAUGCUCAGGCUCCCCAAGGAUUCCACCUGGGGCUCCAUCCAGAGCCCAUAGUUCUGAUUCUGUGGUGUUUGAGCAACUCAAAAUUAUCCUUGCUUGACUUCUAUUUUUAUGGUUUUGACUGCAAAGUACCUCAACCAGCUGUCUUCCAGGAGAGAUGACUUGUGCUACAUAUCCUUACACUGAGCUUGUCUUUGCCUGUCACAGUGUCCCAUCUCCCCUGGGGCAGGUCAGUGUUUAUGCCAAGCAAUCAGUGCUGGACUCAUCAGCAAUGUUCAGUGUGUUAGUGCCACAGAAGUGUGAGGGGCAGAUCACCAGCCAGAGGUGCCAGCACACCAGCAGCCCACACUCACCCUUGUCACUUGAAAACUUCCUGUAGAGCAGCUGCAGUUCAAAUCCUGCUUAGUGUAGGGGAAGAAAAGCCCUGAGAGGAUGUGACAGCAAAUGAGAGAACAAGGCCACUACAACACACUUCUCAUAGCCAUGGACCUAUAAUGGGCUUUAAUUUCUGUUUUCUAACAGAGUGCUUGAUGUGAAAAGUAGCUACAGUGCUGUGUGAAAGAACAUCCAUUCUGCUGGAGUAGUAUAAAUAAAAAUGUCUGUGUGAGGCUGGCUGCACUACA